GAAGGGAAGUGUCACGAUGGAUCGAAAGCGAGCAAAGUGGUUUAUCUCGGACAGUCGGGACGAUUGGCAACCACGGGAUUCUCUCGCUAUUCGGAUCGCCAAUUGGCCAUUUGGCAAGAGAACGACUUGUCAAAUCCGCUUCGAAUCGAAGACAUCGACUCAUCCUCUGGUGUCAUAUUUCCGUUCUACGACGCCGACACUCGAAUCUUGUAUCUCGCUGGAAAAGGUGAUGGAAACAUUCGAUACUACGAAAUCGUCGAAAUGGACCCGUACUGGUUUUACUUGAACCAGUACUUAUCUGGAUGGAAGAUGCCGACAAACAAGCCGGUCGUUUACAAGCCCAGUGAGAAGAAGCUAAUCACUUCCGAUCUCAACAAUGAACGGAAAUUCCUUUUCAUUUCCCAAGAAACUCAUCCUGACUACAGGUCAUUGGACUGUAGAACGCCCGGGAAACCCUCGAUCGCCGAACUCGAAGAACGCACUUGUGCGACGCUAAGAAACGGGAAUCACUGCGACAGCAUGGAAGUGACAUCUAUUUCAAAUUCAUCGCCAAAGACAAUCGUCGCGUCAUCUAGCUUUGACGCAUCGUCGGAGAAGAAAUGUGAACGUUUAGACGCUUCAGUGAAUGGAAGCGAAAAUAUGGACUCGUUGACGACGACGAGAAGUGCCAAGUGUGGAAUGGAAUCCACACCUAAUUCGCCUUCGAGACCCGAGAGGUUAGAAGUGACAUCUACGCCGAAGCCUGCGAAACGGAAUGGAGCGUCGCCUCCAUCGGUUACGCCCAGGCGUCGGUCCGUCACUCCGGUGUCUUCGGAUAAUUCUCCGUGUCCCAAGCUUGCCAAGGACAUGGAUGGACGUCCACAACAGCGUCACGGGGUGGACUCUGGGACGUCGACGGCGACGCCGACGACAUCUGAAGACGAGGACGAAGGACGGAAGUUUGCGUGUAGUCUGGAAGACGUGCGUCGCGGUGGGGUGACAUCUGGCGGUGGCACGCUGCGACAGGCGCCGCGUCGCAGUCAGAGUGUUUCGUGGCGCCGGCGGUCGGCGCCGCCCAGGGGCCCGAUUGUGUGCGAAAUCAUCGCUGCUUUGCAGCGUCAUUCCUCUUUCUCG